AUGGCCCCAGGCAAUGCCAGUGCUCCGAGUGUCUUCAUCCUCCUGGGUUUCUCCGACCUCCCCUGGUUGGAAAAGCCGCUCUUCGCGGUGGUGCUGGCUGCUUACAUCUGCACCCUGAUGGGCAACGUCUGGGUCAUCGUGGUGUCCAGGGUGGACCCACACCUCGGCAGCCCUAUGUACUUCUUCCUCUCCAACCUGUCCUUUCUGGACCUGUGCUUCACCACAACCACCAUCCCCCAGCUGCUGCUGCCGGACAAGACCAUCAGCUAUGGCGGCUGUGUGACCCAGUUCUACACGUUCCACUUCCUGGGAGCCACAGAGUGCAUCCUCCUGGCCGUGAUGUCCCUGGAUCGUUACGUUGCUGUCUGCAAACCUCUGCAGUACCCCACCAUCAUGCACCCACGGUUCUGUGCCGUCCUGGUGGCCACGGCAUGGCUGAGCGGUUUGGCUAACUCCUUGGUACAGUCAUCCCUCACUGUGCAGCUCCCACUCUGCGGGAACAGCGAGGUGGACGACUUCCUGUGUGAGGUCCCAGUGAUGAUCAGGAUGUCGUGUGCUGACACCACUUUCAACAUCGCGAUGCUGUCCAUUGUGGGGACGUUCUAUUCCCUGGUCCCCUUGUUGCUCAUUCUGGUCUCCUAUGGGUGUAUCGUGGCUACUGUGCUCAGGGUUCGGACCACAGCAGGAAAGAAGAAGGCCUUUAACACGUGCGGGUCUCAUGUUGUUGUGGUAUCUCUCUUCUACGGGCCAGUAAUUAGCAUGUACGUGGGACCCACUGCUACUCACGCCCAGGCCGAGAACAAGCUCAUGGCCCUGUUCUACAGCUUGGUGACUCCGAUGCUUAACCCCUUCAUCUACACCCUGAGGAACAAGGACAUGAAGGGCGCAAUGCGGAGGCUUCUCGUGUCACUGUGCCAUUGA